GCGCGCCGUACGGCUGUGACGGGACCGGCUGCGCUAGCAGUGCUUGGUCCAGAACGAGCCAGGCCUUAGGAAGACGUGUCCUAAAAGAAAAGACGGUCUUCUUGUAACUGAAGUCAUAAAUAACACCGUUGUGCUGAAGAUAAGCUACAUCCAAGAAAUCUUAUCCCAGAACUUUGUAGGCUGUUCUAUGGUUUAGGCUGGGUAACGGGAACUGGUGGAGGAAUCAGCCUGAAACAUGGGAAUGAAAUCUAUAUUGCUCCUUCAGGAGUCCAGAAGGAAAGAAUACAGCCAGAAGAUAUGUUUGUUUGUGACAUGAACGAGCAGGACAUCAGUGGUCCCCCAGCACACAAGAAACUAAAGAAAAGCCAGUGCACACCUCUUUUUAUGAAUGCCUACACUAUGAGAGGAGCAGGUGCAGUGAUACAUACUCAUUCCAAGGCUGCUGUUAUGGCUACCCUUCUUUACCCAGGGAGUGAGUUCACUAUUACCCAUCAGGAGAUGAUAAAAGGAAUCCAGAAGUGUUCUUCAGGAGGCUAUUACCGAUAUGAUGACACACUGGUGGUUCCCAUUAUUGAGAAUACACCAGAAGAGAAGGAUCUCAAGGAAAGAAUGGCAAAAGCAAUGGAAGAAUACCCAGAUUCCUGUGCUGUUUUGGUCAGACGUCAUGGAGUUUAUGUAUGGGGAGAAACAUGGGAAAAAGCCAAAACAAUGUGUGAAUGUUACGACUACCUAUUUGAUAUUGCAGUGCAGAUGAAGCAGCAUGGGCUAGAUCCUUCAAAACAUCCAGCAGGAGAAAAUGGGAUCUUGUGAAUGACAGCAAUAUUCAGAUUUUCUUCUUAAGUGAUCAUGGGAGUUCCAGUUUCCACCUCGCACUGUUGUAGCCAGAAGGGGGUGCUCUUGUAUUCAGCUGAACUGACAGAUGUUGGCAGCCAAUUUUGACCAGAGGUAUUAAAGAAGAAAAAGAGUUAAAACAAAGAGAUCCUGCACAAUCAUUGCUGUUUAUGAGUACUGGCAAAAGCUACUUUAGGAGGAAUGAAAAUUCACAUUCAAAGAGCUGCAGAGAAUUAAUGUGCCAUAUUGCUUGCGUGAUUUAAAAAUUAGUAUUGUAACAAAUUUGCAUUUGCUGAUACUGCUCUACUGCUGCAUCGUUUGACUUGUUCUAGAUCUCAGUUUCUGAAAGAUAAAGCAGUCCUUAUUCAUUGGAAGGAUAUGAGGACCUCCCCUUAAUUAAAAGUUAUGUUUAAAAUGAUUGCUUAAACUACUGAUUAAUUUAUGCUACAUUAAUUUCUGUGAAAUUAAGCCUGUAGCAUAUGCAUUUUUAAGUCAUAUUUUAAUUGUUAUUCUGUGUAGGAAAAUCACAUAAUUUUAUAGCAUGCAUUUGGAAGUUGUUCCCUAGACAUUCCUCCAGGUCUUAGAGGAGGAAUUUUUACCUCUUUAAAUUCAGUCACUUUCAAUGCAAUUGUUUAAAACAGUUUUUUUAUGAACUGCUAUAAGCCAAACUCAUAUCAGUUUCCUCAAACAGCUCAUUAAAAUUUAGUUUUAUAUGUU